AUGAAGUGUUUUAUUUACGUAGACGAAAGCUUAUUCACUCGUGAUCCUGUUCCGGAAAAACCUUACCUGAUAGGCCGUGUGUUGACGUCGGGACACAAGAGGUCUGUUUUCAUUACGGAUAUCACUGCUGAAGAUGGUCGCCUAGAAGACGGCGUUAUUGGAACUUGGAGACGAAAGGGCAACGGAGACACAUCAGAUGCGAUUCGAGUGUCCUUCACAUUCUUCGCUUUUCCCUUGACUGUUGAAUACCCGGAUUCUGAAUUGACUGCCGAUGGUCGUCAGGAAGCAUGGACUUUCAUCAGAUACUCGAGAAAGGCGCUCGCAUCCGGAGUUCUCCUCCCGGUAUUGAAUCCAACGUGCGAAUUUGUCGAUUUGACGAGAAGCUUGCAGAAGCCCGGGAUGCUGAGAAGACGUCAUCGGAGACACUUUGCGAAUAAGUCCCUGGAUUUGGUUGUGGAGAAGCUGAAUGGCUUCUCUAGCCUGGCGGAUGUGGUGUAUGACAAGGUGCAGCAGAUGGUGUUUUGCUACACGACUCUCCGCUCUGGAUCUUGGCUCGCAUUCUGGAACACUGCAUUAUUGCUGUCGGUUGACCUUAUCCUUGGGUUCCUGCUGACGACAUUGGUCGUCUCUUUCACGGCCAAAGAGAUCAUGGGGUUUUUUCAGAAUUCCACUGACGUGAUAGUCGACAAAUUGGAUCAUCUCCUGGAUUGGCUAAUGGGUGUACCUGUUGGUUUGAAAUUGAACCAGGAGACCAAUUAUGCUUUGGGUCUUUUUUUCAAAUUUCAUAUGUACUUGUGGAAGACUUACAUGGCAUUGAUAACACCAUUGGCUCUGGAAAUACUCGAAGUUGUCUUGUUGCUGGGAAAGUUCGGUCUUUCGCUUCAAUUGAGUAUCCUGAGAGAUAUGGUUUGUCUGGCCGCUUUCCAUGUGUAUUGCUUCUACGUGUAUGCUGCGAGGUUGUACUCGUUCUGCAUCAAGAGCCUAGAAUGCUUCGGGCGUUUAUUUCGAGGGAAGAAGUGGAACCCUUUGAGGAAACGAGUGGAUUCCGCGUCAGAUGAUGAUGAUCGCUAUUACGUCGGGAUCGGAGUCUUCACUAUCACUCUUUUCAUUCUUCCGGCGUUUCUGGUUUAUUAUGUCGUGUUCACGUUGCUGAGGCUGUUGUUCCUGUCUUUGGACGCUGUUUUUUCACUGAUGAUCAAAGCUUUGAAUUCCUUCCCGGUUAGCAGCUUUAUUCUCUGGUUCUGGGAUAGCUCCCUGAUUCAUGGUUGUUACAAAGUGGAACAAGGUGAUGGGAACCCGUCGAAGAAACGGAUGAAUUUAUUGACUCUGAAGUCUGGUCGAUCAAGUCUCUGGGCAACAGUUAAUGCCACAGCUGCCGUUAAAAGCAAACGGAUGGAACAAACUGGAUUAAAGUCAGGCCUUCGUGCCACUGCUACGUGCGUCGCGUCUCAUCUUCGGAAAAGUGUCAAACUUCUUGUAGCAAUGGUCGUGAGUGCGGAAUCGAAAAUAAAAAAGCCGAACGGCGAAAACCCUGACGAGUUGGAGACUAGCAUCGCUCAAGCCCUUGUUGAACUCGAAUCCUCCACUGACGUCAAGGCUCAACUGCGGGAACUCCAAAUCUCGUCUGUCAAGGAACUCGAAUGUCCGCAACGAAAGAGCCUUGUGAUCUUCGUUCCGUACCCUCAACUGAAAGCGUACCAGAAGAUCCACACACGACUUGUCCGGGAGUUGGAGAAGAAAUUCAGUGGAAAACACGUAGUUUUCAUCGCGCAACGCCGUAUUCUUCCGAAACCCACUCGAAAAAUGAGUUUGAAAAGCAAGCAAAAGCGACCUCGAAGCCGAACGUUGACGGCUGUGCAUGAAGCCAUUUUAGACGACCUGGUGUAUCCAGCAGAGAUCGUAGGAAAACGCAUCCGGACAAAGUUGGAUGGAUCAAGACUCAUCAAAGUGCACUUAGACAAAAGCCAGCAGACGACCGUGGAACACAAAGUUGAUACAUUCAAGGCGGUUUACAAGCGACUAACUGGAAAGAACGUGGAAUUCGAGUUUCCGGAACGGAUAUUCUGAAAAUUGUGAAAUGAAAAUUCAUUACUGAAGGGAUGACAA